GUUUUGUAUCCUGAUUGGUUUAGAUGUGCAGGAAGUGCUCGCUCGUCGGAACAUUACAGAAACCCAGGAACGGUCAAGUGAAAUCGACCGAACAUCUCUCUCUGUAGCCAGAUCUGACAGUGACCCAGGCUGUGUCGCAGGGAGUUGUUGUCGUGCAUAUUUUCGACACAUCUGAAAAGGAACGCCGCGUCGUCCUUCAGUUGCCGCCGGAAAUAUUGCCAAGCAGUAGAACAACCUUCGAGGAGAAGAAUGGCCGCGUACAAGUUGGUGCUGAUCCGCCACGGAGAGAGCGAAUGGAACCAGGAGAACCGUUUCUGCGGCUGGUUCGAUGCCGACCUUAGUGAAACGGGAACCAAGGAGGCCCAGCGCGGAGGUGUCGCUCUGAAAGAUGCCGGCUAUGAGUUCGACGUCUGCUUCACCUCGGUGCUGAAGCGCGCCAUCCGCACCCUCUGGCUGGUGCUGGAGCAGAUCGACCAGAUGUGGCUCCCCGUCCACAGGACCUGGCGCCUGAACGAGCGCCACUACGGCGGCCUGACGGGCCUCAACAAGGCCGAGACGGCCGCCAAGCACGGCGAGGACCAGGUCAAGAUCUGGAGGCGCUCCUUCGACAUCCCGCCCCCGCCCAUGGACCCCGACCACGACUUCUACACCAACAUCAGCAAGGACCGUCGCUAUGGAGACCUGACAGAGGAGCAGCUUCCAUCUUGUGAGAGCCUGAAGGACACCAUUGCCCGCGCUCUGCCCUUCUGGAACGAGGAGAUCGUGCCCCAGAUCAUGGAUGGCAAGCGAGUGCUCAUCGCUGCCCACGGCAACAGCCUGAGGGGCAUCGUCAAACACCUGGAAGGCAUGUCAGACGAAGCCAUCAUGGAGCUGAACCUGCCCACGGGCAUCCCCAUCCUCUACGAGCUCGACAAGAACCUGAAGCCCGUCAAGCCCAUGCAGUUCCUGGGGGACGAGGAGACCGUACGCAAGGCUAUGGAGGCCGUAGCCGCACAGGGCAAGGCCAAGAAAUAAAGACGACUGAAACGAAAUACUGUACCACGAGAGAUUUGCUGUGUCUCAGACGGUGCACGUGUGCACUUCGGGGCACUAUGUUUUGAUGCGUAAUUAAUAAGCCAUGAGCACUGAAACAUGAACACUGAAGUGCAGAAGUGCACCCUUUGACAUCCAGCAAUUGUGUGAAUGUAGUGCACUAAUGUUGCUGUUAUAGUGCUGGUGAAGCAACACAUACUGUACUGUACAUGGGUCAUUAACAUUUUUAGUAGUAGAUGUCACGCAGAGUUGUAUAAAGUAAAAGCACCUUUACAGGUGUUGUCACAACACGAGUGGUAUGAUAUUACACCGUUUCAACUUUGUAAUGUCAUGCCACUAGUGUUGUAAUUACAUCUGUCUGAGUACUUCUACUUAAUACAACUCUGGAUGUCAGGUGGUACAACCAGAGCUAUUGCAGCGUUUGUAUUAAUUAAGUAAAUUAAUUAAUACAUAAAUAUUCAUUCAUUCAUUCAUUAAUGCACAAGCAAUGAAAAGGCAUUUCAGAAAAAUAAACAAAAAUCAUUUAAUUUAUUACACAAUAGUGGUAUUAGCUGUGGUUGCGACCACCCUGAUGUCUACCAGUAAGAAACGUCAAUGAACCACAUGCAUACUACUGUACAUUCUGGAAAUGUUAUUUCAGUCUGAGCUUUUCUCCUUAGUCUCCACACUGCUAAUCCAAUGUUUUUGCCACCUAAUGUGUGAACUGAACCUGUUAUUUCACCGUUGCCCAGUUGACUGCACACAGUAAGAGUAAGCGAGUGCUAGAUAUUUGAGCGAGAGAUGCAUGAUGUACGUAGUCCUUUCAUGGCUGUUUCCAGCUGUAGGUUUCAAACUAUAAAGAAAAGUAUUACAAAAUGAAUCAUAAAAAUGAUUAUAUCGCUCCCAAAAGGAGUACCAGUUUGCAAAGCUUUGAAAUAAAGUGAACUGAAGAAAGCCUACACUGAAGUAUGUUACAAUUAAGUGCUUCUUUUCAAUCAGUAUGCCGAUAAUCAGACAUGGUUCUUCAUACAGUAUACACCUCAAAUAAAAUAUUGUUUUG